CUCAAAUCUCCCUCCCUCCCUCUUGUCAUUCUCCAUCAAAUUCCGCCUCUACCCAAUCGGAAAAACUUGCGAUUCACCGCAGCCCAAUCUGGUUCUUUACACUUAGUUAGUUAGUUCUGGAGACAAAUUUUUAUUAACAACAAGCUCUUGCUUUAAUCAUGGGUCAGUAUCAUGAUAUUGAUGACAUCCUAGCAGAUGAAGAGCUUGUUCCAGCAGUGUUCUUGGAGGCGGUAAAUGGAGUUGGUUUGUUUGAAUCCAAUGACACAAACAGGGUAGAACCUAGGUCAAAGGUCGAAUUGCCGUUCUGGCUUGCUAGUGAACUUCACCUGAGACAGGUUACAUCUGUCAGCAUUCCUCCGUGUUUCGAUAAAAAAACUCGAGAAGAAAUUGGGGCUGAUGGUGCACAUGUGGACUUAAGAUCUCGAUGUUCGUAUUUUUAUGAGUUAGGAUGCAAGAUAGUGCAAUUGAUUAAUGAAAAAACUAUUGGGUCUCUACUCUUGGUUGCUUUCCAGACAAGGUAUAAGGAAGUUUUGAUCAAGGCGCAUACAUCAGCAUCUGCAUUGGCCCCUAAAUAUUUAUCACUAUUAACAAAAGAAGAAACAAAAUUGUAUGAAGCUGCUAAGUCAUCAACUGAAGCGUUUAAGACCUGGCGAAUGGGUGGACCGAGGUUUCAGAAAGCUUCUGUUCUUGGUAGGAAGAGGAAACCGAUUGGGGAGUAAUUUCUCGUUAGGUGAACCGAGUGCUGCUGACUAACCACUACUUGUGUGGUUCACAGGCUUCAGGUUCGGUUUAAUUAUGUAUCAAAGCCGAGUAGGUUGGUGCAUUGUUCACAGUUAAGAAAAAGCCCUAUCUAACAGUUAAAAAAACACUAUCUAAUUAAGUAAGCCCGGUUCUCUUUUUUA